GCAUGGACCCAAGUGCUGGAGUACAAGGAAUUAAGAGGAGUCAAAAUCUAACAAGACUGAGUAGUGAGCAAAGUCAGAGGCACUUGGCAGAUGUAGAGCAGCUGGGGCAAAGCUACCAGCCAUGGCUGCAUGGCAGAGAAGAUGUGGGAAGACAUAGCUGGAUCAAAGAGAUUCCAGACUCCGUCUGAUAUAAAUUCAAGUACGUGGUAUGCUUCUAAAAAAAACUCCUUAAGUGUGUUGUGGUGGAUGUUCUACUGUUGUUUCUGCAAAUGGUGUUCGUGUUCAUUUUAUCCUGUGACAGUAAUUCUGUUGUGAAUCCACCCUUUAAUAGGACGUGACUGAGCAAAGCUGUCAGGCUGGCCAGUCGUAAGGGAAUACAAAGUGCUCUCGCUGCUGCUGGCAGCUGUCAGUUCAACGUGAAGCUUCUCACAUGGGAUAACCCAGUAAGAGUAAGAGAGAAUUCCAACUUUUGGAUGAAAAGGAAAGACCAUCCCCUGGCUGACAUUGAGAAGAGUUUGGAAAAUGUGGAUUUCGGCUGUCCAAAUUAAGAAAGCAAACAACAAAAGAGAACUAAACAUAGUGUUCUUUAUUGCACCUCCUUGUACACUUUGGAGACUCUCUGCUGGCAGCACACAGCCCUCCUGUCCAGGCCCCACGGCUGGGAAGGGAUGUCCAUCACAGGGACUUCUUCACCCCGGCUACCCCUCUCCCCCUGUAGGUGUCCCCCUGGAGCGAGCUGGCCGUUUAACGCACAGCCCCGCUCCGGCCGUUACCCACAAGCGGGGCGCGGGUCCGGCUCCGCCCGUCGCCCCCGAGGCCUCCCGCUGUCAGGAGAAGAGGCAGCCGCGGCCCACCCGCAUCCGCCCCGGCCGCACUCCUAAACACUUCCCGACUCCGCGCAGCCCUCACUGAGCUCCCUAAAAGCGUCGGUGAGGCUGACCCCGACCCGUGCGUGUGUGGGCGGAGGGGAGCACAGACCCUCUCCGCCCACCCCGGCAGCCCCUCGACGCGGGCGGCCCCCGAGCGGCCUCCCGCUGAGCCGCUCUUCCCUGGCAACCGCCUCCCGUCCGGGUCCUCGCCCCGCGGCCCGGCCGGCGCCUGCCCCUUUAAAUGGCGGCCGCGGCCCCGCCGUGCGCCCCGCUCAGGCAGUUCGCGGGCGCCGCGCCGCUCUCGCCCCCCUCCAUGGAAGUUGAUGAAGUGGAUCAUGGUGUUACUAGCCAACUGGUUACAGACUCACAGGAGACUCACAGCUCGUGCACAGAGAAGAUGCAGGUUCCUGCUCAGUAUAGCUGGAGUGCUGACUGGAGCUUUUGGCUCUCAAGUUCCACUUACAAAUAUAGGAGUGAGGAAUUCAAGAGGCAGUUUUCUCAUCUGCCAGAUUCAGAGAGACUCAUAGUAGAUUAUGCUUGUGCACUCCAGAAGGAUAUCCUGCUGCAAGGACGCUUGUAUCUCUCUGAAAACUGGCUCUGUUUCCACAGCAACAUUUUCCGAUGGGAGACUACAAUUUCUAUUGCUUUGAAGGAUAUCACUUUCAUGACAAAGGAAAAGACUGCUCGGCUCAUUCCAAAUGCCAUACAGAUAGCAACAAAAGGAGAGAAGUUUUUCUUCACAUCGUUCAGUGCAAGAGACAGAAGCUACCUCAGUAUCUUUCGCUUAUGGCAGAAUGUGUUGUUGGAUAAGAGGCUGACCAAGCAGGAAUUCUGGCAGCUGGUGCACCAGAGCUAUGGCUCUGAGCUGGGCCUGAACACCGAGGAGAUGGAGAGCUUCCACUCAUCAUCUGAGGACAAUGGGCAGUGUCGAUCCAGCAUUUGUGAUGAACCUGGAGAAAGGGAUGACAAACUACCUAAAACAGCUGGUUUAGUUCGGGAAUCCACACUUCAAACAGAAGGAGAGUCACUCAAUAGACACGUGUUGUCAGGUGUGGAAGAGUCUCUAAGUGAGAAACAAAUAAAGAGCCCCCUUCCAUCUUCAGAAAGAAAAUCUGUUAAGCUAGUCAGAAGCAGAUCUUUAGAAAAGUCCUUGGAUCUGAAUGAGAAUGAAAAUCUCCAAGAGAAGAGCAGUGCCUCUGAUAGUGAAGAAGCAGUGAAGGAGACUGCCUCUGAGAAUGAUCUCUAUGGGAGACUUUUUAUAAACAGAGUUUUCCACAUCACUGCAGACAAGAUGUUUGAAAUCCUCUUCACCAAUUCUCUCUUCAUGCAGAGGUUUCUCAAUUCCAGGAGUAUAGUAGAUGCUGUAUCAACUCCUUGGAAUAGAGAUUCCAGCGGCAAUCAGUUGAGGACUUUGACGUACACUGUGACAAUUAACAAUCCACUCUGUGGGAAGUUUACAACUGCAACUGAAAAGCAGAUCCUUCACAAGCAGAGCCAGAAAGGUCAGUCUUAUCAGGUGGAUGCUGAGGUACUGACCCACGAUGUCCCCUACCAUGAUUAUUUCUACACUGUGAACCGAUACUACAUCAGCCGCACGUCCAGUCACAAAUGUCGAUUACGGGUUUCUGCAGAAGUAAAGUACAAAAAGCAGCCUUGGGGCCUUGUCAAAUCUGUAAUUGAGAAGAACACCUGGGGAGGGAUACAAGAGAACUUCAAACAACUUGAAUCAGAACUGCUAAUGGAGGAGUAUGCAAUUAAUCAAUCCAUAGAAGACUCUGGAAAAUUAGUUGCCCUGAGACGAAGACGACGCACUUUACACCGGAGUCUGGCAGAAUCACUUCCCAAACGCUCUUCCCAGCACUCCUCUGGUGACAUGGGGCUAGAGUCCCAGGGUAGCAUCAUAGGAAGGAAAAGAGAUGCUAUUAGUAGGACCACUACCAUCAUUGUAGUAAUGAGUGUCUUUUUGCUGCUCUUGGUUUUGCUCAAUAUAACACUGUUUCUCAAGCUGUCAAAGAUAGAGCAUGCAGCUCAGUCCCUCUAUCACGUCCAGCUUCAGGAAGAGAGCUCUUUGAACAUAUCCCCAGAAAUGGGAUCGAAAGAGGAGAUCCCUCAAUAUGAUAAGGAACAGGUUAAACAUGUGAAGGGAGUACUAAGAGACUCAAUUGAAAUGCUUGAACAGCUCAAGCUCUCCCUUUCCAUGCUCCAAAGAAGCUUUGAUCACUUGAACAAGACACAGAGCAGCAAGACUGAGAGUUAAUGCCCACGGCAGCUUGCGAAUCAGGACCUCAGAAGAGAAGAUGUGUGUUUAAGGACUUGUGGAGUAGGGAUUGUAACCAUCUUCGGACUCUUUUUUUUUUUUUUUUCUAUUUUGGCUCAAAAGCUUCAUGGAAUAAAGGUUUCUAGAAGAAGUAAGUUGGGCUCUGUGCUCCUGUAGCUCAGUAAUUGGCCUUCACUGCCAGCCCUGUGCUCAAAGCAAGAUCUGUGGGUAGCAGACACUCAGAGGGCAGCUGUGCUGAGGAGAAGGAAGAUCCUCAGCAGUGCUGCCUUUAUGCUGGAGGAGUCACAGUGGUGUCAGCCCGGGCCAUGGCCAACGAGAAAUGCUUUGAAGGAGAGCAGCAGGUAGCGGUUUCACACCCACAGGUUACUGAUAUCCCUUUUCAGACAGGUGGAGCCUGUAACAAGAAGUCGCCAUCUCCAAGGAUGAGUAUUUCUCUAAUGAAUUAACCGAGCAGGAAGGAGGAGGGUUGGAUCAGAUGAUCUCUGGACGUCCCUUCCAAUCCCUACUGUUCUGUAAUGUCGACAACCCUACCUUCUUUGAGCCCUUUCCUUCCUCAGCGGCUUUCCCUUUCCCCAUGGGAGGUUUCCUAGCCACGCUCUGCCGCCCUUCGCUUCCCGUGUGUGAACAGGGACGCCCGCCUUCCGCCCUUCGGCACGCCGUGCCGCGGCCGCCACCUGUUGCGCUGUCUCUUUAAGCCAGGUGCCGUCACGUCACGGCGGCCCCGCCCCUCCCGCGCCGGCAUUGGGCCGCCGCGCCGUCAGGUGGACGGGCCCUGAGGGAAGGGGGGUCCCU